AUGAAGCUGGUACUCUCAAGGUUCAGUGACCGCCAAGAUCCGCGUCAAUUUGACUGUGGACUAUCCAGCCAACAGUUCCCUUUGUCAUCUGAAGAGGAACUGGGAACUUUGGACGCUUGUCUAGAGCAAAAAGACGUGAGGGACAGAUUUAUGGCCAUGUUGACACGUCUAAUGGAUGAUGAUCCUAAAACCUCUAUGCGAUAUAUUCUGUCCUACAUCAUGAAACCGGAAGUCGCCAUUAAUUUCACGCUACUGGGUACUUCAUCAAAACGAGCGAUUCAAAAGUGCAGGUUUUACAGCUGCGUACGAAGUGCACUGACUAAUCGUUUCCUUUCGUCAUCUAUCAACGAGAAAGACCUUGCGAAACUAUAUGAUAUGGCUACGCAAAGUUAUUUCCACGACAUGAGAGACAGAGUCCAGAAGCGUCAUCGACGGAACAAAGAACACGUACAGUCUUCCGUGUUCAAGGAUGUUACCAAUUCACAAGAAUUGUUUGACUCUCCAUAG